GUGGCAGUUUGCAACUCCAAGCCCGAGAAAAUUUCAAGGUCAAUCACUUUUCAUGUAUAAUCUUAAACCGGGGAAGUACUCGUUGGCCAUCCAAUUGAUAAAGCACGAACUUCCACGAACAGUUACCAGUCACAGUGCUACCCACCAAAAUAUCCCUAAAAAUACAUUUACUAUAUUUAAAUAUGAAAUAUACUAUUAUAUCUUUGAUUUUUAGUUGUACACCGUUAUGGAAACGUUUGAUAAAGCACCAAAAUUCUUUGCUGCGCAAGCAUUGAUUCGACAAACAUCACCAAAACAUGUUAUUACAAUGGGUAAAAUAGCCGAGCCUUUUGUUCAGGCACUGAUUGGCUGCUUGCUAAAUGCAGAUGGCAAACAGGAAACAGACAAGCAAUACGUAUCACUUCCGGCCAACAUGACUCUCUUAGAUUUCAAAGACUUUACUUUUAACGCCUGUUUGUAUCGUGUGCGAAGACUUCAAUUACAAUCGCAACCAACAGAUACUCAAACCGAAGACCGCCUGAAUUACAUCCAGACAUUAAUAAACGUCGACUCAACCAAAACCGUGUACGCUCUGGGAGCUCUCAUUAAAUUUCUAGAGCAAACAUGGCAUAAUAUGCGUCCAUCAGGCGACGAUGCGUUGAUUUUCUUGCAUAUUAAACAAGUCGCACUAGAUGAUCAUGUUUACAUUGAUAACACGACCUUCAACGCUUUGAAUGUCUUCAACUUGAUGAGACACGACUCUGCGUUCAAACAUGGCGGACUUUCCAGUUGCAGAGAAGGUGUUAGCCUGUUUAAACUUCUCUCACUUCACUGCGUAUCACAAAUGGGCUUUCUAAAACUAAGAGAAAUAUUAAUGUCGCCAAUUAAAAACAUGAAUGAAUUGGCAAAGCGUUAUGAAUUCAUGGAUUUCAUCGUUGAUCCACGACACACGCCGAUUGCAACUGCUAUCAAUGCUGCACUGCAUAAAAUCACCAAUGUGUACAAAAUCUUCGGCAAAAUUAAACAUUCGCAGGGAAAUGCAGGACACUGGCGUGCUUUAUACGGCACAAUAUAUGCGUUACUACAAGUAAACGAAGAAAUAAAACCAUUUUUAACUGAGUGUAGUAUUUUUCGUGAAUAUCACGAGAUGAUGUCAGAGAAUUUGUACCGUGUGGAAGCAACAAUCAACACAACGUUAGACUUGAAAGUUGGGCUUAAUAGGGAUCGUCCUGCUGUCAAGGAGCACAUCGAUGAUGAAUUAGAUGAGGCGAAAAGUACCUACAACACGAUACAAAACCGUCUUGUUGCGGCCGCACGUAUUGUAGUCAAUCAUCUCCCACCGCAGUUGGAAGAAUGCACUGUUUCAUUCGUCCCAGACAUGGGGCAUAUCAUAAGCGUACGCAAAUGGUCACCUAAGUGCACACCCGAAGAAUUAUUACCAUACGGGUGUUAUUUUCUAUUUGAAAGUUCGAGUAUCUUUCAUUACAAAACCGCUCUUUGUCAAGAAUUAGAUAAACAACUGGGUGACUUACCACUGGUAGUCCAGGAUCAUGAAAACAGGAUAAUCCAACGUGUAGCAGCAUUCGUCAUUGAACAAAAUGUUUUCAUGUUGAAUCCGCUCGAACAACUAGCCUAUAUGGACGCACUAAUAUCAAUGGCAAAAGUGGGCAAGGAGCGUAACUACGUCCGACCACUUAUCAAUGAACACAAUAUGCUUGAAAUCAAAGAUGGCCGCCAUCCUCUGGCAGAAAUAAACAAUGAAAGUUAUGUGCCGAAUCAUUACAUGUCUGGCGGGUUGCAUCGUCCGAUGAAAAUCAUCACAGGACCCAAUGCUAGUGGAAAAAGUAUGUUCCUCAAACAAGUAGCUCUUCUUGUCUACAUGGCACACGUCGGCAGUUAUCUACCUGCUGCUGCAGCUAAUAUUUCGAUGGUGCACAGUAUACAUUCCAGAUUACAUGCGAAUGAAUCCGCCGCGCUCAAUAUGUCCGCAUUUACGAUUGAUUUAAUUCAGAUGGGAAAUGCUUUGUACAGCGCAAAACCUUCUUCACUGGUGGUAAUGGAUGAAUUUGGACGUGGAACAACAGGAAACGUAACAAAAGCGUUACUUUUAAGUGCCCUACGUCAUUUCCUGCACGGAGACAACAUCUGUCCACAUGUAGUUGUCUCAACACACUUAACUCUAGAGAAAGAAUACCUGGAAAGUCCUCUGGUGCAUUUUCAAAAGAUGUCACACAUGCGACACCCGGAAACAAACGCCAUUACAUUUCUAUAUAAAAUUCAAGAUGGCGAAACGUCCAGUUGCACAUUCGAAAUGGCUGAGGUUUUAGAACCAAGUAUCCUUCAACGUGCAAAAGAGAUUUACGCGUCGCUAAGUGGCGAUAAACCGGAACUUACUCCUGAAGAAGAAGAGCAAUUCUUUUUGGACGUUAAAUGUCCUCCAUUUGAUGAUUAACUUACUUAAAAUAACUCACAUAAUAAUUUAUUUGAUGCCGAAAUGUAAUAAAACGUCGGCAAGUAUUAGAAAAAAUUAAAAUUAAUAAUAAGUAGUUAUUUCAAUAGUUAAACAAAUGCUAUCAACACUU